UUUUUCAUACAAAAGUUUACUGGUGUAGUAGAAACUAACGCCACCAUAAGAUACGAUCGUGAAUCGUGACAAACAGACAGAUAAUAGUGUCAAUUUGAUUUGAUAAGAAAAGAAAUAUUGCUGCUCUUAUCACUUUCCACAAACUUUUAUUAUUUUUCGCGGUUUUCACGAGUGUUGCUGUAAUAGGUGCAUUUGUAUUUACGAGAACGUAACACAAAGUAUAAAAGUAGUUCAUUUUUCCAAACUAAACAAUAUGAGCAGAAGUUUAAAAGCUCGCAUUGGACCUUCGAUCCUCAACUCCGAUUUGUCCAAAUUAUACGAGGAAUCUCAAAAAUUACUAAAUAAUGGUGCGGAUUACUUGCAUUUAGACGUAAUGGAUGGGCAUUUUGUACCAAAUCUUACAUUUGGACACCCUGUGGUAAAAUGCCUCCGUUCCAAAAUAAAAGAGGCGUUUUUCGAAACCCACAUGAUGGUCUCAAAACCGGAACAGUGGAUAGCUCCCAUGGCCGAUGCAGGUGUGGAUCAGUACACAUUUCACAUAGAACCAAUUACAAAUGUUGAAGAUGUUUGCAGGAAAAUUAAAGAAAAUGGAAUGAAGGUUGGCUUAGCAAUAAAACCUGGGACACCUGUUUCUGAAGUUGAGAAAUAUAUAAAUAUAGCAGACAUGGUGCUAAUCAUGACUGUGGAGCCAGGGUUUGGUGGGCAGAAAUUCAUGGAAAACCAAAUGGAAAAAGUGAAGUUAUUGAGAGAAAAUUACCCACUCUUGGAUAUUGAGGUUGAUGGAGGGGUUGGCCCGUCAACUAUCAGCUGCUGUGCAAAUGCUGGAGCAAACAUGAUUGUCUCUGGGACUGCUGUUAUUGGUGCACAAGAUCAAGCUGCUACUAUAAAACUUCUGCGAGAUUCUGUGCAAGAGGCAAUUUUAAAACAAUAAAAUUGUCUCAAUCUUUGUGUACAUAGACAUACCUAUAUUAAAUCAUUGGGCUUCCAAAUAUAUUUUUAUAAAAGGGUUUUUACAUGGAAAAUAAAAAGCAUGUUUUCUA